AUAUACCAAUGGCUCUUCCAAACACCGCAAAAUAUUUCAGAAAUCAUGUCGUGGUAAGAUUAAGGCUUAAUCCCUCUCCAUCCUCAGCCAAAGAAGCUGAUUACGUUUACGAUUGUUUCCGGGGACUUUGUUCAGGGACAUUAGAAUUUUUUAAUAUUGAAAAGGGCCACCCUAGAUUAAACUUGUAUAGUAACAGUGUUAACUUGAUAUACAAUCCAAAAAAUGAACCGAGUCAGUUGGAUCCAUUUACGGAAGAAUUGAGUAGUCAAAAUGGUAAAGCCAAUGUACCAGAAAUACUAGAGCAGCAGAAUACUUUAGUAAAUAGACUACGAAAUAUAUGUGCUCUACCCAGGUAUUCAUAUAUUGAAAAUGAUGAAAGGUUUUUCAAAGGUGAAUACGUGGCGCCUUUUAAAUACUCCUUGAAAAAAUCAGGUUUGAAAUAUGAUAAAAAGUUUGAAAUCAGUGCUUCUAGUGUUGAAUCACCUUUUGCGAGUAUAAGUACGGAAGAAGAUGUUCAAAAUGUCAUGACUAGUUUGAGACAUAACUUCCAAAAAUUCCAUAAGAUUGAUAGAAUUGAUAUUCGAGUUGGA